AUGGGCUCUGUACCAUAAUAAAUCCCAGUUACGAGUCACCCUUUUAGUUUUCUCUCUCUUACUCUCUCUUUCAAUAGAGCAAGGAAGAGAAAUGUGGGAUCACUGUGAAGAAAAAACAUGAGAAGUGGUGCAAGUCUUUUUGUUCUUCUUAUUCUUCUUGUUGUUCUUGCUCAAUCACUUGGGUUGAACACAGACGGAGUCUUGUUGCUUUCUUUCAAGUACUCUGUUCUGAGAGACCCGCUUUUGGUCUUGGAGAACUGGAACUACAACGACCAAACGCCAUGCUCAUGGAAAGGAGUCUUCUGCGACAGCAUUGAGGGCCGUCGUUUUUCUACUGUUGUGGGGUUGUCUCUUCCGAACUCUCAGCUCCUGGGCUCGAUCCCGCCCGAUCUGGGUGCGAUCGAGCACCUUCAACGACUCGACUUGUCGAACAACUCUCUCAACGGGUCGCUUCCGGUUUCGCUCUUCAACAACUCGGCAAUUCGCCACCUCGACUUGUCGAGCAACGUGAUUUCCGGCGAACUGCCGGAGGUUAUCCCAGUUACUUCAAAUCUUCAGUCUCUUAACCUCUCCGACAAUGCCUUGGCGGGAAAGAUACCGGCUAAUUUAGGAUCUUUGUCGAAUCUAAGUUCGCUUUCUCUCAAGAACAAUUACUUCUCCGGAGUUUUACCUAGUGGGUUCCGAACGGUGGAGAUUCUAGAUCUGUCGUCGAAUCUCAUCAACGGCUCGCUCCGCUCCGAUUUCGGCGGCGACAGCCUCGGCUACUUCAACGCCUCAUACAACAGGCUCUCCGGCACUAUACCGCCGGAGUUCGGGGAGAAGAUUCCGGCGGACGCCGUCGUUGACCUCUCGUUCAAUGCCCUCGGCGGUCCGGUACCGGAGUCUCCGGUUUUUAAGAGCCAAAAACCGGCGUCGUUUAACGGGAAUCCUGAUCUCUGUGGUGAACCGACGGGAAAGCCGUGCCCGAUAAUUACUUCCUCUUCGUCUUCUCCUUCGCCAACUUCUCCUCCGGCGAUUGCGGCGAUUCCGAGGACGAUAAACUCGGACCCGGUGAGUAUAACGCCGAGAUCGGCUUCAGAGCCCGGAGAGGAAAACCAAAGCGGGCUUAAACCGGCGACGAUAGUGGGAAUUGUAGCUGGCGACAUUGUAGGAGUCGGAAUUCUUGCCAUGAUUUUCUUGUAUAUAUACAGAUUAAAGAAGAGGAAGAACAAGAAGAAGAUCGAGACAACAUUGAAGAACGAAGCGAAUACGGCGAAGUUGGACGACUGGUCGUCGUCGUCUUCGUCGGAGUCUAGAGGGUUCACGAGGUGGUCGUGUCUGAGAAAGAAAGCUGAGGAUGAACAAAGUUCGUCGUCAGACGACACUGCAGCGUCCGAAAACGACGACGAAGUUGGUGAUCAAAAGGGCGGCGGUGGUCAACAGAAUCAACGGCGGCGAGAGCCGCAUCAAGGAAAGGGUGGGACAUUAGUGACCAUCGAUGGGGGGAAGGAGUUGGAGCUCGAGACGCUUCUAAAAGCUUCGGCGUAUAUUUUGGGAGCCACGGGGUCGAGCAUAAUGUACAAGGCGGUGCUUGAGGAUGGGACCACGCUUGCGGUUCGGAGGAUCGGUGAGAACAGCCUGGACCGGUUCAAGGACUUCGAGAACCAGGUCCGGGUCGUGGCCAAGCUGGUCCACCCAAACCUGGUUCGGGUUCUUGGGUUCUAUUGGGGGGCUGAUGAGAAGCUCAUAAUCUACGACUUUGUCCCCAAUGGCAGCCUCGCCAAUGCCCGUUACAAGAAAGUGGGCUCUUCUCCUUGUCAUCUACCGUGGGAUUCGCGGCUCAAGAUAGCGAAAGGGGUUGCUCGUGGGCUGGCCUACCUUCAUGAGAAGAAGCACGUGCAUGGGAAUUUGAAGCCCAGCAAUAUUCUCUUGGGCUCGGAUAUGGAGCCCAAAGUCGGGGAUUUCGGACUCGAGAGGCUUGUAACGGGCGAAUCGAGUUACAAAGCUUGGGGCUCGGCCCGGAAUUUCGGGAGCAAGAGGUCCACGGCUUCGAGAGAUAGUUUUCCUGACUUUGCCCCCGGGCCAAGCCCAAGUCCGAGCCCAAGCGCUUUCGGCAUUUCUCCAUACCAUGCCCCGGAAUCACUUAGGAGCCUAAAGCCCAACCCAAAGUGGGAUGUGUUCUCCUUUGGGGUAAUAUUGCUUGAGCUACUAACGGGGAAGGUUGUGGUUCUAGAUGAAUCGGGUCAAGGACCCGGCAUUAUGGUAGAUGAUAAGAACCGGGCUUUACGGAUGGCUGAUGUGGCGAUUCGAGCUGACUUGGAGGGCAAAGAGGAGGCCUUGUUGGCUUGCUUCAAGGUGGGGUACAAUUGCGCAUCACCGGUUGCACAAAAGAGGCCCUCAAUGAAAGAUGUGCUACAAGUGCUUGAGAAAUUUCCUUCUUCAUCUUCCUCUUCAUACUAUUAUUAGGAUCAUUUAUUGAUGAUACUUUUGGACCCUUUUGUAGAGAGAUGUAUGUAUGAUUGACUAAUAGGUCUAUUUGUCCCAAUUUUAUUUUAUUUUCUCUUUUUUUUUUUUUGUUUCAGUUGUGCGAGAUCAAUGAGUUAGACCAUAUUGUGUGACAUCAGUUGUGCGAGAUCAAUGAGUUCGACCAUGUUGUGUGA